CCACAGGGCACGCCAGCGCGCCGGCGCGGUGCGACCUCACUGACUUGGGCCAUGGCGCUGGCAGGUGCACCUGAGGUGAUCCGCGCAGCGCAGAAGGACGAUUACUACCUGGGAGGCCUGCGGAGCGCGGCGGGUGGCGCGCUGCACAGCCUAGCGGGUGCGAAGAAAUGGCUGGAAUGGAGGAAAGAGAUUGAACUGCUCUCAGACAUUGCCUACUUUGGCCUCACCACAAGUGCAGGCUACCAGACACUUGGAGAGGAGUAUGUUGGGAUCAUCCAAGUGGAUCCAUCCCAGCAGCGUGUGCCCUCCAGGCUCCGCCGUGGAGUGCUGGUUGCACUACAUGCUGUCCUGCCCUACCUGCUGGACAAGGCACUGCUGCCCCUGGAGCAGGAGCUGCAAACCGAUGGUGACAGUACAAGGGCUUCACAGGGAAGUCUGCUCUCUGGAGGACGCAGCCGAUCAGGGGCAAGGCGCUGGGUGCGUCACCAUGUAGCCACCCUGACGGAACAGCAAAGGAGGACACUCCAGCGGGCAGUCUUUAUCCUUAGACAGGGCCUUGCCUGCCUCCAUCGGUUCCAUGUUGCUUGGUUUUAUAUCCACGGUGCCUUCUAUCACCUGGCCAAGAGACUAGCAGGGAUCAGUUAUGUAAGUAAGACUAGAUCCUGGGGGAUCCUGAUGGUGGUGGGGGUGGGGGGUCACCUGUCUUUACAGCUCCGGACUCGCCGCCUGCCUGGAGAGGACCUGAGGGCUCAUACAAGCUACCGACUGCUGGGACUCAUCUCCCUGUUGCAUCUGGCACUGUCCAUUGGGCUGCAGUUGUAUAGCUUCAGGCAGAAGCAGCGAGCUAGGAAGGAGUGGAGGCUGCACCGUAACCUGUCCCAUCGCAGGAGUUCCCUGGAAGACAGAGCUGUUUGCAGAACCCCACUAUGUACCCUGUGCUUGGAGGAACGAAGACACUCCACAGCUACACCUUGUGGCCAUCUCUUCUGCUGGGAGUGCAUUACUGAGUGGUGCAACACUAAGACAGAGUGUCCCCUGUGCAGGGAGAAGUUUCCACCCCAGAAGCUGGUCUACCUGAGGCACUACCGCUGACUGGGACCAGAUCAUCACCAAACAGCUCUAAGAAGUGGAUGGAAGUUUACAGCGUUUAUCCUCAGCACUGUGAUUGCACAGACGUAUAAAAUCCUCACACACUG